CUUACGCUGAAUGUACGGAACGUGAAGACAACACAGCAACAACUUUCAGCACCUGUCCAUUGUCCCCUUCUAUUUUUUGGUCCUCUAACUGUGCACAGUUUUCAGAAGAAAAUUUCAGUACAAAACUAAUGGGUGACCCUUGGGAGCAGACUUAUGAAGAUAAGCUAAAGAAACAGUCAAGAACUAUUUCUGAGCAAGACCCAUGGAUUUCAAAUCCCUCAGGCCAGUGUAUUUUCAGGAAGUCUGACACAGAGCCUCAGGAUCUACUUACGCCAUCGCACAGGCUAGACUAUAUGAAUUCUGCCAGGAAAGACCCAGUGAUAAUGGCCAGUAAAGAAUCAGAAAGCACAGAAGGAAUAAAAGAACUAUUGUUUGGUGUCAUGAAAGAAACUGCAGACCUGAGAGUUCCUCAAGAUGAAACUGAUUGUCCUUUUCUGGCCCUGUUUGGAGAUGAGAGCCAACCAACCUAUAAUAAAGCUUCCACAAAGCAUUGUCAUCCUUUUGUUAACCAAAACACUGCUCCUGUUUUUCUCAUUGAUCCCGGUGAUAGAAAUCAAAUGACCAACAGAAACUGCACAUACAAUAGCGGAGAGGCUCAUCCUGCAAUUCAUGCAAGAAAAAAUUCCGUAGACAGACACCGUAAAGGGCUUCUCACAGCUCCAGAACAGGUUUUAUGUGAAAACAACAGCGCACCAUUUGCAAACUACAAGAGAAACAGCCUUCAUAAAACCCACCUUCAGGGCUGUCAUGAUGGACAGCUGUACUUAAUAUCGCCUGGGAGCAAAGAGAAACCUUCAACAUCAGAAAAAAGUGAAACAUAUGGUUAUUAUCGUGAUCAGCAGAUUAAUUUAAAGGAGAACAUGCAGAACCAUUCAAGAAAUAAAAGAGAUGAACCUGCGAAAGAAUCGGUCUGGAAACAGAACCAGCUUUUUGAAUUAGAAGAGUUUGCAAAAGCACAGCGGGAAGAGUACAACUCCGGAGUGAGUUCAAACCCUCACAGGAUGGAGCAGGGUUAGUAUCAUUUGGAUACCAUUACGUACACAUCAGAUUUUUCUCUACUUAUGAAAAUGAAACUUGCUUUUAAAUCCAGGGAAAAGUACGUUCAACUUUUUAGGAUGUUACAUUUUAUGAGCACUUCUAUUUUUAUUCGCUAGCAUUACCAGGUAACUAAGUAUUCACUUUCCCUUGAAGAGAUAAAUUCAGAUUAACUUAUGUCUGGUGAGUAUUAUCCACGUGUUUUUCAU